GCUGUCCUCUGCCGGGACUCGCCUUUCCUGCUCAGCGAGAAGUGUCGCCUCCUACGGAGACGCGGCCCUGAGAGCAGGUCUCACCGUGGUGCCGGGACGUGGGGCAAGGGCUUUCUGGCAGGCCGCAGCUGGAGCAGGGCAAGACCUCGGGCUGCGCCCACGCUGUCACUGCCUGCCCCUCCCGCGCCAGCCCCGGCUCCCUGUGUCCCCCUGAGCGCAGCUGCGGCACGGCACCAUGUGGAUCCGGCGCGCCAGCGUGCUGGGAUGGCUCCUGCUGCUGCAGGCAGCGCCGGGGGCGGCAGGCGGCCGCCCCUGCGACGCCCGGGACUUCGGGCAUGGCUCGCCGGUGUGCGCGUGCAACGCCACGUACUGCGACGCGCUGGACCCCGUGGCACUGCCGGCCCCCGGCGCCUACGUCAAGUACGAGAGCAGCAAGGCCGGCAAGCGGCUGGAGCGCAGCGAGGGGAGCUUCCAGCGUGACUCCCGGGUGCCAGAUUUCCACCUCAACCUGGACAUGGCACAGCGGUACCAGAAGGUGAAGGGCUUUGGUGGCUCCAUCACUGACUCGGCUGCCAUAAACAUCCAGUCGCUGUCCAAGGAGGCCCAGGAGCAGCUGCUCCGCACCUACUUCUCCGAGGAAGGCAUCGAGUACAACCUCGUGCGCGUCCCCAUGGCCAGCACCGACUUCUCUGUGCGCCUCUACACCUACGCUGACACCGAGGGCGACUUCGAGCUGAAGCACUUCAGCCUGACGGAGGAGGACACGCGGAUGAAGCCGGUGCCAUCCGCUCCUCCGCAGAUCCCCAUCCUGCGGGCAGCCCAGGCGGUGGCCAAGCGGCCGCUGUCGCUCUACGCCAGCCCCUGGACCUCGCCGGUGUGGAUGAAGACCAACGGGGCCAUGACAGGCCGUGGCACGCUCAAGGGCAGCCCUGGGGACAAGUACCACCGGACCUGGGCGCAGUACUUCAUCCGCUUCCUGGACGAGUACGCCAAGCACAACCUGACCUUCUGGGCCAUGACGGCGGGCAACGAGCCCACGGCCGGCGAGAUCGUCUUCUACCCCUUCCAGUGCCUGGGCUUCUCCCCCGAGCACCAGCGGGACUUCAUCGCACAGGACCUGGGCCCUGCGCUGGCCAACAGCUCCCACCACCACGUCCAGCUCAUCAUCCUGGACGACCAGCGGGUGAUGCUGCCCUACUGGGCGCAGGUGGUGCUCCACGACCCCGCGGCCGCCAGCUACAUCAGCGGUAUCGGCAUCCACUGGUACCUGGACUUCCUGGCACCCAUUGACCUCACGCUGUCCAUCACCCACCACCUCUUCCCGGACUACUUCCUCCUGUCCACGGAGGCCUCCACCGGCUCCUACUUCUGGGAGCCCCGGGUGGUGCUGGGCGGCUGGGAGCGCGGCAGCCAGUACAGCCACAGCAUCCUCUCGAACCUAAACAACUACGUGACGGGCUGGACCGACUGGAACCUGGCGCUGGACCUGCAGGGGGGCCCCAACUGGAGCAAGAACUACGUGGACAGCCCCAUCAUCGUGGACGGCAGCAAGGACGUCUUCUACAAGCAGCCCAUGUUCUACCACCUGGGGCACUUCAGCAAGUUCAUCCCCGAGGGCUCCCAGCGCGUGGGGCUGACCGUCACCAAGCGGUGCCACCAGUGCGACCUGGAGCACACGGCUUUCCUGCGCCCCGACGGCGCCGUCGUCCUCGUGGUCCUCAACAGGUCUCCCGUGGAGGUGCCGUUCGGGAUCUCGGACCCCCGCACCGGGUUCAUUGAGGCCACGGCGCUGGGCGACUCCAUCCAGACAUUCCUGUGGAAGCAGCCAGCCUAGCGUGGUGCAGCGGGGGGGGCCGGGGGCCAGGCCCCCCCGUGGGGCGGCCGUGCUGCCCAGGGGGACCUGCUUGAUCCCGCUUUCUGGGUGUCUUCAUAAAAUAAACAGGAUUUCUACA